AUGCGUCACAUUGUAACCUUCCUUUGGCUUUCAACUAUUAUUUGUUUGACUUUUAAUAUUCGGGAUGUUAAUGCUAAAGAGCCACCUACAACCUUGCAAAUUGGAAUUAAACAUCGUGUGCCUGAAGGCACUCUGUUUGAAGAUGGAAAAGAAUUUGAUUCUAGUUUUCCUCGUGGCGAACCCUUUACUUUUACUUUAGGUGUUGGGCAAGUCAUUAAAGGUUGGGAUCAAGGUUUGAGAGGCAUGUGUAUCGGUGAAAAACGUAAAUUGAUAAUUCCUUCUCACCUUGCUUAUGGAACCAGAGGAAGUCCACCGGUUAUUCCUGAAAAUGCUGCACUUGUAUUUGAUGUAGAAUUGGUUGGAAUUGGAAAGAAUAGAGUUGAACUUUGA